AGGAAAACGGCUUGCAAGAGGCGGAGUCUAGGACCCUGAGGCCCGGGCGGUACAAUAGAGCUGUUGUGCCGUGGUGGAAAAGAGAUUGCAGCUCUGGGAAAUUGACAGUGUGGAAUUGGAAAAGAAAAACAAAGAAUAUUCUUAUUUCUUUUAUAUCCAGCGACCCAGCUCGUCAAUAACUUUCCGAAAGACAGUGCUGCUCAUAAUCAACUCCUGUAGCUCAUUUUGGAUCUACGGGAUGAGAGGAGGACAGAGCCAGCCCAUCAGAGAAACUCACUAGCAUGCUCUUCGACUUCAACUUUAUGGAUACAAAAGGAUGAAACGUCUCAGGUGUUCAAGCAGCAGUGACAGCUCUGACAAUGAGAGUCCUUCGACCUCCUUUUCCUCCAACAAGUAUGGGAGCAAACCUGGAACCCCCGCUUCCAACCCUAAGAAACCGGCAGAGGUGUUCAGAAAAGACCUGAUCAGCGCCAUGAAGCUGCCCGACUCCCACCAUGUCUCCCCGGAAGACUACUACCUGCUGGCCGACACCUGGAGACAGGAGUGGGAGAAGGGGGUACAGGUGCCCGCCAGCCCCGACACCAUCCUCCACCCCUCACUCAGGGCCAUUGCCGAGAAGCCAAAGGAGCUGCUGUACUCCAGGCCAAGGAAGUACAUCCAAUGCUGGAGCCAGGACUCAGCGGAUACGGGCUACGUCAACAUCAAUGAGCUGGCUGAAGCCAUGUGUCGCUACGACCUGGACGACAUGGACCUCUACUGGCUGAGGGAGUUGAACGGGGAGCUGGUCCUAAUGGGGGAGAUGCCCGUUGACGAGCUGACGAUGGAGCGUGCCAUGGAGGCCCUGGAGAGGCAGUGCCACGAGAACAUGAACUAUGCCAUCGAGACCGAGGAGGGGCUGGGCAUCGAGUACGACGAGGACGUCAUCUGUGACGUGUGCCGCUCCCCCGACAGCGAGGAGGGCAACGACAUGGUGUUCUGUGACAAGUGCAACAUCUGUGUGCACCAGGCGUGCUACGGUAUCGUGAAAGUCCCCGAUGGGAACUGGCUCUGCAGAACCUGUGUGCUCGGCAUCAAUCCCCAGUGCCUACUGUGCCCCACAAAGGGGGGCGCCAUGAAGGCCACUCGAGCGGGCACAAAGUGGGCACACGUCAGCUGCGCACUCUGGAUCCCAGAGGUGAGCAUUGCCUGUCCAGAAAGGAUGGAGCCCAUCACCAAAGUCUCUCACAUUCCUCCCAGCCGCUGGGCCCUCAUAUGCAGCCUCUGCAAGACAAAGACUGGAGCCUGCAUACAGUGCUCAGUGAAGAACUGCACCAUUCCCUUCCACGUGACCUGUGCCUUCGAGCACAGCCUGGAGAUGAAGACCAUCCUGGACGAGGGCGACGAGGUCAAGUUCAAGUCCUACUGCCUGAAGCACAGCAAGCCCAAAGACGGCGAACCGGGCCUGAGCCCGGCUCGGCCCAAGCCGCCCACCGAGACGGAGAAGGUGGGCCUGCGGGCCCAGAAGCUCCUGGAGCUGGAGGAGGAGUUCUUCUCGCUGGUGCAGCCGUGCAAACUGGCCCAGGAGCUGGGCCUGUCGGAGGCCCUGGUGGACUUCAUCUUCCAGUACUGGAAGCUGAAGAGGAAGAGCAGCUACAACAGGCCACUGCUGCCCCCUAAAGAGGAGGAGGAGAAUCUGCUCCUGCAGCCGCAAGAGGACAGCAUCCACACGCGCAUGCGCAUGUUCAUGCACCUGAGACAGGACCUGGAGAGGGUGAGGAACCUGUGCUACAUGGUGAGUCGGCGGGAGAAACUGAAGCUGUCCCAGAGCAAAGCCCAGGAGCAGAUCUUCAACCUGCACGUGAAGCUCAUCAACCAGGAGCUGUGUGCAGGCCUUCCGGUAUCCAUUCCAGUGGAGAGCUUGCUGUUCCGGCCUCCACCCCGAAUCACACUGAAGCUUAAGAUGCCCAAGCUGUCGCUAGGCAACGGCAAAGGCUGCUCCAAAUCAGGCAACGGACCCCUGUGCCCAGACAACAGCGGCAACCUGUACAACAGAGUUGGUGGUGGGAUGGGGCAGGGCAAACCCCAGCUCCACCACGGCCGGGUACGGAAAGAGGGGCGCACCAACGGCCUGAUGCCCGUCAUGGCGCACUCUCACCGGGAGGGUGGCACGAGCAGUGGCCCAACGCUGCCCGUCAAACCGUCUGGCAAACCGCUGGCGCUGCACGCGGCACUGCAAGGCCACUCAUCCGGUGGGAAGGGGAAAGGGGACCAGGACUGGAGCCGACCGCCAGCACCGCCAAAGUCCAACGGCUUCUUGGAGAAGUCCGCUACGGUGGGCCAGAGGGACACGUCCUGCCAGACGCCCAGCGAGCCGGACGCUCGGGACGAGGUGGUGUCGACUGGGGGCAAAGGGGCGGCCUUUCGCAAAUCCACCAUGGAGCACUUCAGCAGGUCCUUCAAGGAGGCCACCGUCAGCCUGGUGCGGACCACAGAGGACCUGCGGGGCUUGGACAAGGCCUCCCGUAAGGGCUCCUCCUCGGCUAAAGAGCGGCUGUGGGUCAAGCCCGCUGGGGAGCGGCGGGCGGAAAGCGAUGGCUACUGCCCUGACCUGGAACUGAGCGACUCCGAGUCGGAGGCCAAGGGCAAAAAGCGCCAGCGCCCAGGCAGGGCGCAGGCAGGCAGCAGCCCAGCGGGGGGGGACUCGGGUAAGGGUGGGGGCAAGGGUGGGGGCGGGGGCCGGGCUAAAGUGUCACUGGGGUCUAGAACCUCAAAGGUGCAAAGGUGACGACUCUCCACACGCACAUCUCACAAGCACUACUCAACUCAGUUUCUCCCCAACUCUCACUGCCCCUAAAAAAAAAAGUUAUGUGACUUCCAUGCCACUGCAGGUGUCCACAAGUGCCAGGUUUGUCCCCUGAUUGUGAGGCUCUGGAUGAAGCCAUGCCCUCUUGCCACGGAAGAUGAGUGUGUGCUCUGGAACUCUGGCUUGCCUCAGCUAGCAAUGCUAGCAGUGAGUCUACACAUGGCCACCUGUGUACAGUUCGUUCUAAAUGGCGUUCUGGCACAUUCUCUUUGGCUGGGACUGACAACAACCAAUUUUCUCUGGCUGUGCAUUACCUCUGUGUUCUGCAAACAGGGUUUUCUUUUUUUUCUUUCCUUAAUAGUUAUGGAACUCCACCAGUAUCAACCAAGUACGUAGAUGGGCCUCAAGUUUGUGUUGUAUAUGUUGAUGAAGACAACUUUGUUUUUUAUGCUGUAAAUAGUCACUUAUGUCAGAAGAAGCAUGUUUACCAUGUUUCAUGAAUAAAGUGGCAAGGUCUCUUUAUGACAUUAUGCAAAAAAUAAAGGCAGUUUUGUUUUUGUUCGUCUGGAAGAAAGAACAAGGUGACGCCUACUGGGUCACUAGAUGUUGUCGUAAAAGUUAGCAAUCAAAUCCCUUCCGUAUUUCUUUCACUGUCUACUGAACUAGCAUUAGCUUGCUCACUGUCCUGUCGUUCCUCAAAAAUGAAACUGUCUUUAGAAAGUCGAAAACGUUUAAGUAGUGGUUCUUCCAUUUGUGUGUUUACGGGGUUGGACGAGAUUCUCUGUAUGCCGUGUCGUUGAGAUGAUCAACUUGACAUUUGUCUGAGCUGUUACAUGGAUAAUUAUGGAUUCCACUGUUUGUGCUAUCGCGGUAUCUGUUGCAAUGCAAUGGUGUAUGCAAGAGACAAUAAUAGAGUCAGUAUCAGGUUAAAACGGAUGAAGAUAGAUGUAGAUUUUUCUUCCAAUGGAGAUCAGUUGUUGGAGUUCUACUUUGGCUACAGUGGCACGGCAUGCUGAAGCCACUAUGUGUUGAAUUUAACUGUGAUUCUGAGUUUCAGGGUGCUCAUUGAUACCUCUGUGCAGUACGUUGCAGUACAUAUGAGCCACGAGAGGGCACUGUCGAGUUGACAGACUUUGAUUCUCAUAGACCACAGGGCAAUAAGCCACCAGGUGGGGGCGCCAGAUAUCAAAUAAAGGCCUUAAAAACAGUAUAUUUUCUCGACUGAAAGAUAAUGCCAAAAACACUUGAUUUGAGUGUAUUUUUCAGAAUGCCAGCAAUUGAGAUUUUUGGAGAUGCCCCUCUUAGAAGCUAUGUUGCCUGAAAUGCUGCUGUUGAACACCAUUUGUUUACAUCAGAUGUGACUAUCUUCACUGCCUGCUUGAUCUCUACUGUAACAUUUCCUCUACAAUAAUCCUCACUGCUCAUAGUACUGAAGGUUCAUUGUGCUUUAAGGGCACUUGAGGGCCUGAAGUGAGAUCUGGUGGAACUGGGUCUGCAAGCCGUCCCAUCGCUCUUUUUAAGAUGGCUGUGUGCCCAAGGCUAAGCUGUCUCUCGCUGUGAAGUUAACCUAAGUGGUUCCCUAAUGGCCUGCCACAGCACUUGCCGUGUCUGCCUCUACUUGGCUGGUCGGCCAGUGAGACACUCCCCCCCCACCCGUAGCUUAGCGGAAGAGUCCCAGAGCACAAUAUAGUCGUACUGUGCUGAUAGCAUCUUGUCACCACCUCACCAGGGUGAAAGACCGCAGCCUGCUCUUUUGACACCUUAAGUUUCUGUUUAAAGUCACUGGUUAAAACCUAAGAACGAGAGCUGACAGAAAUGCGUUUGUAGUCAUGCAUCCACUCAAAUAAAGACUAACGCCGUUUCAGAAUCAGCUGUUGUGCUGGUGGCUCAGAGAAAUGACAGCAUGGAGGACCAAGGCUGGUUUUAUUGCACUUGACCGGUACAGCACAUUCCUGUGUGUUGGGGCGAAGGAGACAUGACCAAGCGCGUGUCGGUGUGACUGUUUGCAUCCUGUUUGCUUUUUUUGUGUGUGCGUGACCUCUGUGACCUUCCAGAAGGAGCUCCCCUGUCGCUGGGAUUGUGCUGUGCAGUGCUGGCGGACAGCUGAUCAAAAACACAGUAUGGAUGUAUGCUCUAAGUACAAAAGGAAAAACAAAUACAAAUACAGCGUCCCAUACCAUAUACGGGUCUAGUGUCCACGAGGACCCAGGUCAAGUCUCCCCAUCUCCCUGGUGUUCACUGCCCUAGCAACUAAAGGCUGGAUAAAGAGCCCUAAAAAAAUAAAACGGUGUUUUGCUGUAGGGCAUUUUACACUUUAAGUGACAAAAUGCAAGAGGUGGAUUUACACACUUAGGUUUUUUUCUUUUCUUCUCAAAGAACCAUUUUUUCAAUAAACAUGAAAAUCAAA